CCCCCGGCUCCAGCCCCGACACCCGCCGCAUCCGUCUGCUGCCAUGGCUUCCGAGAACCUCACCGUCCCGCACAAGGCGACCUGUCCCGAGGGGCUGCGCCCGGGCUCCGUGGUCCGGCUGCGGGGCGUCGUGCCCCAGGAGGCGGCCAGGUUCCACGUGAAUUUCCUGUGCGGGGAGGAGGCGGGAGCGGACACCGCGCUCCACUUUAACCCGCGCAUGGACACCGGCGAGGUGGUCUUCAACAGCUUCGAGGGGGGCUCCUGGAAGAAGGAGGAGCGGGGCCGGGGUCUGCCCUUCCGCCGCGGGGAGCCCUUCGACCUUCUCCUCAUCGCAGCCGACGACGGCUACAAGGUUGUGAUCGGCGACGCAGAGUAUCACAGGUUCGCCCACCGCGUGCCCCCGCAGAGGGUCCGGGGUCUGGAGGUCGGGGGCGACGUGCUGCUGCAGGCCGUGCGCAUCUUCUGAAGGCCCGGAGCGGCAGGGGCGGCCCGGGGGUCGAGGCCGGGGGACCCCCGACCCGCCUUUUCUAGCCGGGGCCGGC